AUGGUUUCGUCUUUUAAGCUUUCCUCGCUGAAGCAGCGACGACCACAAGGUACCUUACAAAUGGGAAAUGGAUCGGAUCCGUUUCAAGAUCAUGGCUUCGAUUUACUUCUUUGCGAGAAUCAUCUUGGCUCUGGAUUGACAUUCGCCGGUUUAGUAUUUAUGUUUAUGAUUAUGAUUACUUCUCUUUUUGGCAACACGCUCGUGUGCAUAGCAAGUGUAAAAUUUUCGUAUCUGCAUUCAUAUUCGGAGCAUUUCAUAGUCAGCCUUGCCCUGUCAGACAUAAUGGUCGCGGUCUUCGUUUUGCCGUUUGACGUCAUAUACUGGAUAACCUUCCCCAGGUGGCCUUUGGGUGGGUACGUGUGCAAUCUAUGGAACGCGUCCUUUUUUCUUUUCCUAACAGCUUCCGUGUUAAAUCUGACAGCAAUAAGUAUAGACCGCUAUUUAGCCGUGGUAUAUCCACUUCGCUAUACCAUAUGGAUGACGUCGAAGGUGGCCAAAUCCAUGAUAGCCAGUGUUUGGCUGUACUCUUUCAGUAUUGCAAUUUUAUUGCUUUUUUUGUUAGAUCCGCCGAAAGACGAGACUUAUAGUUUUGACUUGAACCCGUUUGUUCAUGGUUUCCUCCUCAUCGGAAAUGUUAUCUUCCCCUUUCUUAUUAUGAUGAUUUUGUAUUUCAAGAUUUAUACAAUCGCUAAAGGGCACGCCCAGCGUACUGGGGUUAAUACCAUGACGUCAUCAAAUAGGGCUUCGUCAGUGGCGUCAUCGCGAACGACUUCUUUUGGACGGGAACUGAGAAUCGCUAAGAUGCUUGGGAUCGUGGUGCUGUGCUUUGUUAUCUGCUGGUUGCCUUUUGAAAUCAUUAAUGUUGUGAUUCUUAUCGACGAAGGUGUAGAGACAUGCGCAGUGGAGCUUGUUGAUACUGUCACGUGCUGGCUUGCAUACCUGCAUUCUUCGCUCAAUCCGCUGCUGUACGCGUUUACGGGCUCAGAGUUUAGACGCGCGUUCAGAAAGCUUUUGUGCAGGAGAGAAUGGAGAACUGGUGCAGAAUUGUCUCAUAGUCAAAGCAAUGCGGCUAAAAGACGGCCUGCCGGCUCCGUAUCGGAUAUGAAAGCGCAGGAGAUCAGUAGCUUACAUCUUUGA